AUGACACACGCAACAACUUCACAAGCCAUCUUUGUGCUGCUCUUAACCAAAGCAAGAUAUAUACAAGUCUUCAUAGACAACAGAAUCUCCAAGGGAGAUGAGAACUCUUCCUCAGUCUUCAAAGCCAUAAGGGAUUCCAAUGUGUCUGUGGUUGUUCUGUCAAAGGACUAUGCUUCCUCGACAUGGUGCAUGCAUGAACUCAACAAAAUACUCAAGCAAAAGAGACAUGGUAAGGGCCACAUUAUGGUACCUGUGUUCUAUAAGAUUGACCCUUCACAUAUUAGGAAGCAAAUUGGCACUUACAAGAAAGCAUUUGAGAAACAUGAGAGAGAUGUCAAACACAACAUUCUGCUGAAAUGGAAAGCUGUUCUCACUGAAGUUUGUAAUAUGGAAUCGAAGCAUAGGGUUAAGGAAUCGAAGCAUCUGGUGGAAAUGGCGAAAUCUAUAACCACUAGAACAGUUGGUGUUAUCAGUAAAAUUGAUCAGGCUGCUGCAGAACCAAAAGCUCUUGCAGCAGUGUAG